UACUUCAAUCUUCUUAUGGUGUUGCAGCUAUUCAGAAUGAAGUUCUUCAUCGCUCUUGCUACCCUGGUAGUCCUGGCCACUGGCCAAGACACCUACACCACUGAGAACGACGACCUGGACAUCGACGCCCUUGUCAACAACCCGGAACAACUGAAGGCUUGGUUCAACUGCUUCGUGGACAAGAGCCCGUGUGACAAGGUCCAGGCCAACUUUAAAGCCGACAUGCCCGAAGCCAUACAGCAAGCUUGCACUAAAUGCACGGAGGCACAGAAGGUGAUCCUGAAGAAAUUCCUCGCAAGCCUUAAGGAGAAGGCUCCCGCCGACUACGAGGUCUACAGACAGAAGUACGACCCAGAAAACAAGUAUUUUGGACCGUUGGAUAAGGCUCUUGCUUAAACGCUGACUCGAUAUGUCCCAAUAAUGUUACAGGUGUAAUAAACGCGCGUUUUUAAAACCUUGUUCAAUUAAAUAAAUACCUACUGUUUAUUAUUCAA